AUGGCUGCCCGCUCGGGCAAAUUCCAACCGCAGAUGCGUCCCCCGACAAGGCUGUUUGUGAUUCUGAGCGACCGAUUCCCCGAGGCUAAAUGGCUUCUGGGGGUGGCAGGCAUGUCAGUGACGGCGGCGGCGGCUGCCUUGUCGUGCCUCGCUCCCAUGGAGGGUCACCCUGGAGGACUAUCACCAUGUGGCACGGUCGGGCCCGGUCUUGGUUGA